UUGAGGAAGAGGAGUGAGUUUGAAAGACCAGACAUGGAGUUUGGAGUAGAGUGCUUGAAACCGAGCCUAUGAGGUUGCAGUUGCUGAUAACGCACAAAGCUUACGCAGAGCUUUUAGAGUAAUUAACAAUCUAAUAUACUUGUAACCUUUAAAUUUAGUUUGUACAAUUAAAAUUUAACUUUCCUGAGAUGUGCCCCAGUUUUUAACAAAACCUAAAUUUUGUGUGUGUGUUGAACACCUUAAAUGCUACAUCUGCCUUUCUCUGCAAAGACAGAGAGAAAACACAGUUCUUGUUUGUCCUGUCGCUUUUGCGUUCUUUGUCCUAGUGCUUUAUGUGGCUUCUGUAUGAAGGCAGUCUUUAGUUUCAAGGUAAGAAUUUCCUAGAAGAGAAUAGGAGAACCAGUGUAUACAAAUUUCUAAAAUUUUUUAUAAUUAGUUUCUUUAAAACCCUCUGGUUCAACUGGCAAGGAAUAGUACUAAUUAAAGGUGAAGUAUAGCUAGCUAGUUGGACUAGAACUAAACACAAUUCCAGCUUUUGAGAUAUUUUGAAAGCAGUAGCUUCUAAACAUUGCUGUGACUCGCCCUGGUCUUCUUCCUUCUAGAGCUUGGGUUGUGGUAAUGUCAGCCAGACUGUUCAGAGCCCUGGCCGGAUCUCACUGUAUUUUAUCAGAAGUUUGUCAAUGCCAAAAACUUGUUCAUCGAACAUUAAAACCACUUAAAGAAUUUGAGACUACAACAUGCAGCACCAUGAUGAGAAGUCAAAACGUGGAUUUGUUCUUUCCUGGUACAGCAGCUGGUGGUUUGAGUAAGUCCCCGGUCCCGGAAAUGAAUCAGAAAAUCUCAAAUACAAGCAUACUCUUUCCAUUAAAUGCUGUGCAUUGCCAGGAUGGAAGAGUGCACCUUCCAACUAGGAAAUCUUUUGGUACUCACAGGAAAGUGACUCACAAACCGAAUCUAUUAGGUCCUAAGUGGUUUAUAAAAAUAUUAGAGCGGCAUUACUCAUCUCCAUCAACAGAAACACUUGUUUCUAAACAAGACUUUCCGCAAAUCAAGAGACCACUAAAAGCAUCGAGGACCAGGCAGCCAUCCAGGACCAACCUCCCAGUUCUGUCUGUGAAUGAGGACCUGAUGCACUGCACAGCGUUUGCAACUGCAGAUGAAUAUCAUCUCGGGACUCUCUCUCAAGAUCUGGCCUCCCAUGGAUAUGUUGAAGUAACAAGCUUGCCUAGAGAUGCAGCAAAUAUUUUGGUGAUGGGUGUGGAACACUCUGCUAAAGAAGGUGAUCCUGGAACAAUAUUCUUCUUCAGAGAAGGAGCUGCUGUGUUCUGGAAUGUGAAAGACAAAACUAUGAAGCAUGUGAUGCAAGUCUUAGAAAAGCAUGAAAUCCAGCCCUACGAAAUCGCCCUGGUGCACUGGGAAAAUGAAGAGCUUACCUACGUAAAAACAGAGGGACAGUCGAAACUUCACAGAGGGGAAAUCAGAUUAAAUUCAGAGCUGGAUAUAGAUGACGCCAUUCUAGAGAAAUUUGCUUUCUCGAAUGCUCUUUGCCUUUCAGUGAAACUGGCUAUUUGGGAGGCAUCACUGGAUAAAUUUGUUGAGUCUAUUCAGUCAAUUCCAGAGGCUUUAAAAGCUGGGAAGAAAGUGAAACUAUCUCAUGAAGAAGUUAUGCAGAAAAUGGGUGAACUCUUUGCCCUGAGACACCGUAUAAACUUGAGUUCAGACUUCUUGAUCACUCCCGAUUUCUACUGGGACAGAGAAAACCUGGAACAACUUUAUGAUAAAACUUGUCAGUUCCUUAGCAUUACUCGUCGAGUUAAGGUUAUGAAUGAAAAACUUCAGCACUGCAUGGAGCUGACAGAUCUAAUGCGGAAUCACCUGACUGAGAAAAGGGCACUCCGCCUGGAGUGGAUGAUCGUAAUCCUUAUCACCAUUGAGGUAAUGUUUGAGCUGGGACGAGUAUUUUUUCUGAUCAAGUGAUAACCAGAGAAAAGUAUCAGUGCAAGAGAUACUCAAGUUCUACAAUCAAAAAUAAAUGCUCACUGUUGGGGGAAUCUAUUUAAUUGGUAUUUAAUAUUUUUUAAAUCAGUAAGUUGUGAUGAUCUUUUUCAGCUCCUGUAUGUACUUGCUGCUUGAAUAAAAAUUAUGAAGAAGCUGGUGUUUGGGUCUUUAACACUAAGAAUUUGAAAGGAAGAUAUUUUAAAAGAACUAUAGAAAGCUUAACACCUAGGAAAUCUAGGCAAAGAUACUUAUUAAAGCCAAAAGGCUUAGAUUUUGGACACUGUCCCCUCACCUGUCUCCAGGAAAUCCCAAUCCCAGCCCUAAGAGAACCAUACAGGAAACUCUGGUUUUGAAGUAAAUACGUAAGACAGGUUUGUGAUGACAAGAAUGAGUUUUAUAUACCUACUUUGGAUGGCAUAAUUUCAGUAUGCCUGCUCACUGGCACUUCAUUUAUCAGUACUAUCCAUGCCUUUACUACCAAUCUAGUCAAAAUAUUCUUCCCACACAUUUUUUUUUUAGUUUCACACAUACUUUGGGGAAAUGAAAAAAUGCCAGGAACAAAGAACUUGAU